AUGAAUGUAUUGUUAAUAGUUAGUUUAUACUUCACUCUUGGAAGUUGUAUAGUAUUACGUCUACCACUCUCAAUAGAAGAUUCAAAAAAUUUUUCAAUUAGCAGGCUGUGUGUUCAUGAUUAUGAACAAGAAGAUAACGAAAGUCACCCUUAUGUAAUAACAACCUAUGAAGCUAAUAAUAAAUUAUUUCAUGAGGUAUAUUAUCAUGGAGUUUUAAUAUUUUCAGCUAAUUUUUCUGAUUUAGAUGAAAAUCAACACAGCUACGUGAAUUACGGUUAUUCUAAUGAUCCAAAUGAUGAAAACACUGCUGAUGGUGGAGAUAAUGAAUAUGUUAGUCAAUUAUUAGGCACUUAUGAAAAUUAUCAAGCAAAUCAAAAUGAUACUAAAAAUAAUUUAAAAGAUGAAGAUAAUAAAAAUAAAAUAAAAGAUGAAGAUAAUAAAAAUAAAAUAAAAGAUGGAUCACAUGAUGAACAUACUAAGGAAUUAAUUUCUACCGGUAAAAUUAGAAGAUUAUUAAGUAUUAUGGAAUUAAAAAGAGAAAUUAUGUUAUUUGUUUAUACCUUAACUUGGGAUGUAGAUCAAUACAGUCAAAGAAUCGAAAAAAUUUUAAUUAUCAGUGAUGAUGUUAUAAAUUCAGUAAUAAAUCAAAAUCUCCAUAUUACUACAGAAUUUGAUAAUGUGCCACGUUGCGUAAAAAUAAUCAAAAAUAUCUUAACAAGAGACCCUGCAAAACGUAAGAGCUAUGAUGAUUUGGAUCAAGUAGAUGAUGUGCCCUACCUAAUAAAGGGUAAUGAUAUAUCUCCAGAAAAAACUAAAAAAGAAGUAGAACAAAUUAUUAAUAAUCCAACUAAUGGAUCAGGAAUAAGUGAACAAGAUCUAAAAGAAGCAGGGCCAAGUGGGACGUCAACAUCUAGGUUAUACCAUCCUGAUGAUUACUCAGAUUCAGAUUAA